UGGCAGCACAGUCCACGGCUGAUAUCACACUCGCUUGACAUAGUGCACUCCUCAUCUUUGAUCCGUCGACUAGUGAAACUACAAAUUAUCAAAUGGUUCUCUCCGGCUGAUGUAGACGAUUCUUUUCUCUCCAUAACAUGACGCAUGCUGGAAGAUCGAGCACACAGGCAUUGACCGUGAUCGUGACUUUCGCAACGAGAUUACUGCUUUAAACUGUUCGAAAUGCGGACACGGAUGAAUCCUAUUCGUUUCUUCUGUUGCUUGCUUGUCACCAUUAUCGGAAUAACGAUCACCUGUGCCGAGCCGGAACCCAUGACUAGAUUAACUAGACCACCGCAGAUCAUCAACUCAAACGUCCAGCUACAGAGAUACGCCGAUUUGGUUAAAAAUUUUUAUCACAUGUAUGGAAAAUCGAGGCAUGGCAAACGAAGUGAUGCUGCACCAUUGAUGGAGCUGAAUGCCACUUGGGAGACUCUGAAGAUGAUUCAGGAUGCGCAGCGGCAAAACGAACAGCAAAGGCAAGAGAACAUCAGACAGAACAAAGAGCAAAUCCUGCUUCGCAACUUUCCGAACUCGGACGCCGACGAGUAUACGUUGUACGAUGUUACACGAUCUGGCUCUCUUUCGGACAUAAUUGGCAAAUAUUACAACGAUGUACAAUAAACAGUUCCCAGAACGUCCUCCUCUCUCUCCUAAUAUCGAGAUUAAUUUCCUCUCGAUUCUGAAAUAAAUCAAAGUUUAUUAUUGUCCCGCAUAAUUGUAAUAGUUAUCAGUAUUAUGUUUUGCUUUUUUCUUUUUUUUUUAGUUUAAUUUUCGAGUAUCUUAUCAAUGCGUAGAUAAAGAUGAGAGUAUAUUUGAAAAUGACAAAUAGCGUGUACAAUAGGAAUGUAAUUUCACGUCGAGGUAUAUGAAGGUUGACAUUAAAAAUCAAUGCCUGGGAUAAUGCUUGAGAUAAAUAGAAUUAUACAAAUUAUAUGAUAUAAAUUGACAUAGCACAUUUGUAAUCCUAUUUAACCUUGCAUAAAUAUAAAUAUAGCUUAUGCAAAAUUCUUUUG